UACAGAAGAAUGAGGUUUUGUCAUUGGCUUUGGUUUAGAAACUUGUUUGUUACGCAAUUGAUCGGUGACCGGUAAGUGCCGCAUAAUUCCCGGCUGGGGAAUGCUCGUUAAGACACCGGGGCACUCUCGUCAACACCUUGUCACUCGCCACACAGCUCCGAAACCAUCAAAGAGAGCUGAAGGGAGAACAGAGCGAAGCUGCAGAAUGAUCCACACUUCUCAAAGGUCGUGUGUGGGUGCCCGAAUGGAAGCGCACUUUGAGGAACAGGAGCCGCACAGGAAAGAAAACACUAUGGGCCUGAAAUGGGAAUUCGAGUACAGUUUUGAAAAAUUUAAACCAAGUGAACACGGGAGGCUCUCACCACAUUUCAGGACGAUGGUUUUGUACAAGCCGGCGCAGUUACUCGACCGCGGUCAGUAAAGUAUCGCCGCAGGAAACACUGGGCGCACUCCAGCACCCAGCCGGGCGCUUCCCGAUCCCUCCCUCGCCCCUCCUGGCGGAGGCGCCGCCGCGGAAACAAAGGGCGAGGGGGCGGGCCGAGCGGGAGGAAGGCUCGGAGCGGCAAGGCUCGGCGGUGUCGGCGUGCAGCCGUGCCUCGGUGCACCGCGAUGUCGGGCUCGGAGCGGCGGCCGCCGGCGGGCCAUGUCCAGCUGGAUAGCAGACCUAUAUUACCCACCACAGAUGGAAAUGAGAACAUCACAGAAGUAGAUGCACUCACUAUAAGCAGACAAUCACUUGAUCCUGCAGUGGAGUACAAAAUGAACCAUCAAAGAAGAGGACUUGCAUUGAUCUUCAAUCACGAGCACUUUUUUUGGCAUUUAAAGCUGAACGACAGACGUGGGACUAUGGCAGACAGAAACAAUCUGAAACGCAGUUUGACAGACCUUGGGUUUGAAGUCAGACUUUUUGAUGAUCUGAAAGUAGAAGAUGUGCAGAAGAAAAUUUAUGAAGCCUCUAGGGAGGACCACAGCAAUGCUGACUGCUUUGUGUGUGUGUUCCUGAGCCACGGUGAGGAUGGUCACGUUUAUGCAUACGAUGACAAAAUCAAAAUUCAGACAAUCACAGACAUGUUCAGAGGAGACAAGUGCCAGAGUUUGGUAGGAAAACCAAAGAUAUUUAUCAUUCAGGCCUGUCGAGGCGACAAACAUGAUGAUGCAGUCAUUGCUCACGACUCAACAGACAACAGCAGUGAAUCCCCUGUCAAUGAGACUGAAGUGGAUGCAGCUGGUGUCUACACUCUGCCUGCUGGUGCAGACUUUAUCAUGUGCUACUCUGUGGCAGAAGGCUACUAUUCUCAUCGUGAAACUCUGAAUGGCUCCUGGUACAUCCAGGAUUUGUGUGAGACCCUUAGGAAGCAUGGAGCUUCCUUGGAGUUCACAGAACUUCUUACUGUUGUUAACAGGAAAGUAUCAUAUCGCAGAGUAGAUAUGUGCAAAGAUAUUAAUGCUAUAGGGAAAAAACAGAUUCCUUGUUUUGCCUCAAUGUUAACUAAAAAAUUGUAUUUUCAUCCAAAAUCUAAGUAGAUUAUUUAGCAGUGAUGACUAUUACCUCCUGCAGAGCAAAGAAUACCAUCUUAGUUGAGGAGACAUAAUAUUCUGCAAGACUGUCUGCAACAUCACUGGGAUCAAAUGUUACAGUUUGUAUAUCUAAUAGUUUCUAAAAUCUUGAAGCAGUUUUAAAGUUAGAAUUACACCAGGGAAUUCAUCUCAGGGAAUAUGGGAGAAGUUGACUGGUGCCAGAGUAUUAGAAGGUGCUCAGAUUUUAUGGAAACUGAUGCUCCAGACUACUUUUUUCUUAAAAGCUUCUUGCUUGAUUGCCAUCUAACUAUGGCACACUUUACUAUUUCCAAAACAUUUCUAAAUGUUCUAUUAGAUUAACUUUUCUUGCUCCUAGAGCAGAGUUUACAGGGAAUAUGGUUUGUAGGACAUCUUUUUAAAUAUGCAGACAGCAGAAUCCACAACUUUUGUAGCUUUUUUGGGCUUUUAAAACAUUUUAAAAAUUUUCUUGCAACACUAAAAAGGAACUUAAUUCCUUGAGUACAACUGGCAUUAAUACAGGAUUAAUCAAAUAGGGUUGAUUAAUAAAGGGUUUCCUUUUACUUGAAUAAAAUUUAUGCUUGGGAUACAAUUACAAUUUGCCGGUGCUUUGCAUCCUCAGGAGAAAAACAGCAGUAAUGAGACAAGACCAUGUACAGUUUGCUCAGGGCGAGCUUGUCUUGUCCAUUUCUCUAAAGCUAAAGCUGCUGGACAGCUCUAGGCAACUCUCCAAAAUAUAACAGAUGCAAACCUUCAUGCUUCAGGCCUUUAAGUUGCAUCAGGCCUCCUCUUGGCCAUGGAGAAGAUCAGCCAUACCUCUGGCAUUGUGUACAUAAAAGUGAUGGUGCAUGGUCACCACAGCAUUGUUACUGCUGCAGUAAUUGUGGUACUGACUUGAACCAAAUAAUAUAUAUUUUUUUAGCAUUAUUGUUCCUCUGAGGAUCAACAGGGAACUCAAACUGAGCAAAGUGUCUUAAUCCACUUUCCUGGGAAAAAAUAAUUGGUUUACUGGUUCUGCUUUAGUUAAGUCUUUCCAUAUACAAUGUUCUGAGUCAUAAAUGCUGUAUCUUACUACACCUUCUUUCAAACAGGUGUAUAAAUCAUGUUAUGUUUGAAUGUUUUGAUAAAUUCUUUUAAUAAAAUGUAACAGUGAAACAUAAAUGAUUUAAUAGCAAGUUUGAGAUACCUUACUUUUCCAGCUCUAAUCCACUUUCCCGUGGAAAAAAAAUAAUCGGUUUACUGGUUCUGCUUUAGUUAAGUCUUUCCAUAUACAAUGUUCUGAGUCAUAAAUGCUGUAUCUUACUACACCUUCUUUUAAACAAGUGUAUAAAUCAUGUAAGUUUGAAUGUUUUGAUAAAUUCUUUCAAUAAAAUGCAACAGUGAAACAUAAA